CUUUUUUUUUCUAAGGUCAGAAUCUUUUUUUUUCCUUUGCGGCAAACACGACAUUCCAACCAAACCACCAUCGGAAUUCUCGUUUCUCUCUCUGUCUAGUACACUGAGGCCGUAUUUGACGAAAUUAAAUUUUGCCUUCGCCAGAAUCGAUCAAAAAACUCGUAAUUCUAAUCCGGCUUAAGGUAACGGCUCACGACGUUUCCUGACAUCCCCGCAGUCAAACAUCACUUUUAUUUGUUUACCAUAAGUCUUGUUCCGCACAUCCCACCAAGAUGAGUGUAGUUGGCGUCGAUUUCGGAACCCUGAACACUGUUAUAGCAGUCGCCAGGAAUCGAGGUGUUGAUGUCAUCACCAACGAAGUCUCGAACCGAGCCACACCGUCGCUAGUUGGUUUUGGGCCCAAAUCUCGAUAUCUCGGCGAACCCGCGAAGACCCAAGAGAUCUCUAAUCUCAAGAACACCGUUAGCUCGCUAAAGCGCCUGGCCGGACGAACCGCCACAGACCCCGACAUCCAAAUCGAGCAACAAUAUGUCUCUGCUCCCCUCGUCGACGUCGGUGGCCAGGUCGGCGCCGAGGUCUCCUACUUGGGCAAGAAAGAAAAGUUCUCCGCUACACAGUUAAUCGCUAUGUACCUGAGCAAGAUUAAGCAGACGACUCAAAAUGAGUUGAGGCUGCCUGUAUCAGACCUCGUCAUCAGUGUACCUGCGUGGUUCACCGAUGUCCAGCGAAGAAGUCUUCUCGACGCGGCUGAGAUUGCUGGUCUCAAGCUCCUCCGUGUGAUGAACGACACAACUGCCGCUGCCCUCGGCUACGGUAUCACAAAGCUAGAUCUCCCCGCUGCCGAGGAGAAGCCUCGCCGAGUAGCAUUCAUCGAUAUCGGUCAUGCCGAUUAUUCCUGCUCUAUUGUUGAAUUUAAGAAGGGUGAGCUCAGCGUCAAGUCGACAACCUACGACCGCCAUUUCGGUGGCCGAGACUUCAACCUGGCCUUGGUAAACCACUUCCACAAGGAGUUCAAGGGCAAGUAUCGGAUCGAUAUCACUACUAACCCCAAGGCUAUGGUCCGUGUCGAGGCCGCCGCCGAGAAGCUGAAGAAGAUUCUAUCUGCCAACCAACAGGCUCCCAUGAACAUUGAGUCGCUGAUGAACGAUAUCGAUGUCACGGCUAUGAUCACGCGACAGGAGUUCGAGGCUCUCAUUGAGCCGCUGCUAAACCGUGCCACGGUGCCCCUGGAGCAGGCUCUCGCCGAAGCUAAACUUGGAAAGGAAGACAUCGACGUGAUCGAACUGGUUGGUGGUUGCACCCGUGUCCCCGCUCUCAAGGAGCGUAUCCAGGCUUUCUUCGGAAAGCAACUCUCCUUCACCCUCAACCAAGACGAGGCUGUUGCUCGAGGUUGUGCUUUCAGCUGCGCCAUUCUCUCUCCCGUCUUCAAGGUCCGAGAUUUCGCUGUCCAAGAUAUCGUAAACUACCCCAUUGAAUUCUCUUGGGAGAAGGAUGUGGACAUCCCAGAUGAGGAUACAAGCCUCACGGUCUUUAACAGAGGCAAUGUUCUUCCUUCGACUAAGAUAUUGACAUUCUACCGAAAGCAAGCGUUCGACUUGGAAGCUAGGUACGCCAAGCCCGAGGAGUUGCCCGGCAAAGUUUCGCCCUUCAUUGGACGAUUCUCCGUCAAGGGUGUCAAGGCUGACCCCAAGACUGAAUUCAUGAUCUGCAAGCUCAAGGCUAGGGUAAACAUUCACGGUGUCCUUAAUGUGGAGAGUGGAUACUACGUCGAGGACCAAGAAGUCGAGGAGGAAGUUAAGGAUGAGAAGGAUGGCGAGAAGAAGGAUCCUGACGCAAUGGAGACCGAUGACAAGAAGGAAGGCCAGCCUAAGACUCGAAAAGUUAAGAAGCAGGUCCGUAAGGGUGAUCUACCGAUCGUUGCCGGCACAACAUCUCUAGACGGAACCACCAAGAACGACCUUAUCGAGAAGGAGGCGAAUAUGCUUGCGGAAGACAAACUUGUCGCCGACACCGAAGAGAAGAAGAAUGAGUUGGAGACGUACAUCUACGACAUGCGUAACAAGCUGGAUGACCAGUUCGCCGACUUCGCUAGCGAGGAAGAGAAAGACAAGCUAAGAUCUAAGCUAACGGAAAGCGAGGAUUGGUUAUACGAGGAAGGUGAAGAUGCUACCAAGGCUAUCUACAUCGCCAAGAUGGACGAGAUUCGAGCUAUGGCCGGUCCCAUCACGCAACGUUACUUCGACAAGGUAGAAGCAGACCGACAAGCCAUUCAAGCUAAGCUUGAUGCCGAAGCCGCCGCUAAGAAGGCCGCCGAGGAGGAAGCCCGAAAGGCUGCAGAGGCUGAGAAGGGUGACGCCCCUAAGGACGAAGAAAUGACAGAUGCCGAGGCGGCUAAACCUGAGGUUGAAGAGCCUCAGUCGUAAAGGCUCAUAGAUCCAGUCUUUUCAAUACGACAGCUCACGCAGUCGACAUGAUGACAAAAUUCUCUUGACGAUCAGAUGCAUACCCUAGGCAUAAAACGGACGAUGAUUGUGCGCAUGAAGAGAAGACAAACAGAAAUAAAAAGAAAAUCAAAACCGUAAUGAUUGUAUGGUAGGAGGAAAGGGUAAGGGGGGCAAAUCUGGCGGACACCGGAACUAGGCAUCGUUCAAGGGGGGGUCCUUCAUCAUCAAAUCAUUCAUCAUUUUGCGGUGAUUCAUGACGAAUAGAAUUUUUGUUGUCUCGUUUGCGAACCGGAAAGGGGAAUAGGGGUUAUGACUCUAGCAGUGAGCAGAACUUUAGAUAGACCAGAAAUGAAGGUUAUUUGAUGAA